ACAUGCCGGGCACGCCUGGCGCCGCGGCCACCCGGGAUGGCGAAGCCCCUGAGGGCUCCCCGCCCUGCAGUCCGAGCUACGAUCUCACGGGCAAGGUGAUGCUUCUGGGAGACUCAGGCGUCGGCAAAACCUGUUUCCUGAUCCAAUUCAAAGACGGGGCCUUCCUGUCCGGGACCUUCCUAGCCACCGUCGGCAUAGACUUCAGGAACAAGGUUGUGACCGUGGAUGGUGUGAGGGUGAAGCUGCAGAUCUGGGACACGGCAGGGCAGGAGCGCUUCCGUAGUGUUACCCAUGCCUACUACCGAGAUGCCCAGGCCCUGCUCCUGCUGUAUGACAUCACUAACAAAUCAUCCUUUGACAACAUCCGGGCCUGGCUCACUGAGAUUCACGAGUAUGCACAGAGGGAUGUGGUGAUUAUGUUGCUAGGCAACAAGGCAGAUGUGAACAACGAAAGGGUGAUUCGUUCGGAGGAUGGGGAGACACUGGCCAGGGAGUACGGGGUUCCCUUCAUGGAGACGAGCGCCAAGACAGGCAUGAAUGUGGAGCUAGCCUUUCUGGCCAUUGCCAAGGAGCUGAAAUAUCGAGCCAGGCGGCAGGCUGAUGAGCCCAGCUUCCAGCUCCGAGACUAUGUGGAGUCCCAGAAGAAACGCUCCAGCUGCUGCUCCUUCAUGUAACAGCCAAGAGGCUAGGCAGAGACUCCAGAGGCCCACAGAGUACAGCCAUCUCCUAGGCC